CAACAUGCCAACUCUAUCUAAUCGACAUCGGCCAACUAGUUGCCGUUGUACCGCUGAUACCUAUACGUCGCAAUCCUGCUGUCGGUUGUCUUAACAGGCUGUUUGUUUACCACUUACGACACCGGAUUCUCUAAUCCUGAAUUUUGCCGUAGUCAAGGGAUAUCGAUUUUUAUUAGAAUGGCUUCUCGCAGUCACUAUAUCAUCCAUCAUCCAGGCUCUUGGACCUUGAGGACACUCAGGCACUCAGACUACUAAUGAUGUGGGAGUACUUCUCGGACAAGUCUAUCUUAAUUACCGGAGGCACAGGCUUCCUAGGCACCGCAUUGGUCUUGCGGCUGUCCUUACAGGCUCACCCGAAACAUAUAUACCUUCUUUGUCGGGGAGGCAAGACUCGAGCAAUACAGAAAUGGCGGGAAUUUCUUCCAGGGCCUCUCGCAACUACGCUGAUCUCAUCCGAGUCCAUCACCUAUCUAGACGGCAAUAUCAAAUAUCCGAGCCUAGGCUUAGCAGAUACCUCGCUUGUUACACUUAAAAAAGAAGCAGAGAUCAUCAUCCACGCCGCCUCAUCCAUCAACCUCGUGGACCCGCUGGGCAAACUAUCCCAAAGCAUCAUCGGCGCUACAGAACGGCUCGCCCACAUAGCGUUAGAGUGUCCCCACUUACAACGCUUCGUGUACAUUUCCACGGCCUUCGCGAAUAGCCAUCUUUACGCGGAAUCGCGGGCCGUAGACAUCCCGAUCCGAGAAGAGCUAUACCCGCUUUCUUCAAUCCCCACAGCCACAUCAUGGAAAGACGUUCAAAAUCGUGGCUCCUCGGAGGAAUACGAGGCGAAUGAAUUCCCCUGGGAUUAUGCCUACGCAAAACAUCUUUCGGAGAGAGUCCUCGCUGAGGCCUUUGAUAAUGCCCAAGCAUACGAUAAAUUGCUCAUCAUCCGGCCGUCCAUCUUCGGUCCCGCUCAGAGUUUUCCUUACGCCGGAUAUAGUGUUCCCUUGUCUACGCCGUUGACGGCUCUGGCAGCCAUGGUAGCGAUCACACCCUCUGUUUGGUUCAAAGCUGCAACACGGGCCCGUGAUCCCGACAUAGAAGUUACAGCGGACGAGGUCCCCGUGGAUGUGGUUGUGGACAGGUUGCUAUUCCACCUCAGACAUGGAAGCACGGGCUACGUGCACGCGGUCUGUGGUGAACGGGGAAGGUACCGGUUCAAAGACCUCUGGGAGGACGGCAUGGCAAUACGCAAGCUUCCAUGGAGACCCAGGGUCGUCUGGUUGGACGUAGACUGGCAUUCGUCUCAAUUGCACUAUAUAACUCGAUUUUAUGUACUCUUUGGACCAUCGUUCAAUUUCUCCGAGGACAGAACCACCGAACUCUGGGAUCGAGUUCCCGAGUCUGAGAGACAAGGUUUAAAUGUGUACAAGGAUUACAACAAGGGGUUUGACUUAAGAGCCAGGAUCAGAGAUAUACGAUACUGCGCGCGAGCGCUUGCGAGUCACUUCGGAUUUCCGAGUUGGGUUGGAAAACUCCUUUUAUAACAUUGGGUAACAUAAUUAGCG